AUGCAUGUAGUUCCUGCAAACAUCAGCAGCGGCUCUGUGGGGUCUCCCUCGCAGUGCAACCACAUGGCAAACAGGGCUGCAGCGAUUCUUAUCCAUGGAGAAGGCCAACAACAAACAGGAAACCUGUGCAAAGGUCAGCCAAAGUGGUACCAGCCUGAGACUGCAGCUGUGCUGAAGCGCACUGUUGAGGCUCUUAUGGAGAGAGGAGCCAUUGUGAGGAACCUGGAAAACCUGGGAGAAAGGUCACUGCCUUACAAAAUAUCCAAGCACAAGGAGCGCCACAGAAGAGGAGGGUAUUUUUUGAUAGACUUAGAGGGCCCACCUUCGAUUGUAUCGACCAUGAUGGAUCAUUUAGGACGUGAUAUUGAUAUAAUUAGACGUGCUUUUUUAAAGCAUCCUGUAUCAAAGACAGAAGAAUGCAGUGGCAUAAUCCCAGUCAACUACGAAGAUAAACUAAGUGCCAAGAAGAAGUGACUGUUCCAAAUAGAACGUUUGAAACUUUUAAAAAAAUUUUUUAUUUCUGCUUUGGAAAACAAUUGUUGUAACUAACAUCCAUCAAAAAUAAUCAGUUUUGGCCAUGUUAUGUUUGUGGUAUAGUACACUACGUUAAGUUAUCGUAGCAUUUCAGGUUUCUUUUUUGUUUAAAGUAAUUUGAAUGGAGUUAAUCUGUAUGCUUAUCUCAAUAUCUGACAAUUCUGAAAAUUGAUUUUCUUUUCUCUUAGAGCAUUACAUUGAUAAUGAAGAUUUAUCCAUCAUCAGAUUGCUAAAAAUAGCAUUCUUUUCCAAAGACAGAUUACUUCAAAAUAUGUAUAUUUACAUAAAAGAUUAAGAAGUCUACAGUGUAAAUAUAGCAGUAUAGGAUGUGAUUUGUUGGAGGCUUUUUUG